CUUUUCGUUUUUGGCUUUCACCGGCGUGGAUCUCCGGUGACGGGAGAUUCUGAAUUUUGGAGAUAUUUAGAUCAUGUAUAGAGAGAGAGGUGUGGUUGGAUCGAAGUCGGAGGUUGUCGAUCGGAAACGAAUAAACGAGAUUCACGAUAAUCGACCCUCGCAUUCGAUGUCUCAGCCUGUCAAUGGAAAAGGCAAGGUAACAGCGACCUCCGUUUUGAUGGGAAAGCAGCAAUUGCAUGAUAGGGAUUCACGUUCUGGUUCUAUCUCCAAGACUAACAUUUCCGACGCUGUGGAUAUAUCAGACACAGACAGCGAAGAAUCAGAAGUUAGUGGUUCUGAUGGAGAGGAUACCUCAUGGAUAUCUUGGUUUUGCAACCUUCGUGGGAACGAGUUCUUCUGUGAAGUUGAUGAUGAUUACAUCCAGGAUGACUUUAACUUGUGUGGACUGAGCCAUCAAGUUCCUUACUACGACUAUGCCCUUGAUUUAUUUUUGGAUGUGGAGUCUUCGCAUGGUGAGAUGUUUACAGAGGAACAGAAUGAAUUAAUCGAGUCAGCAGCAGAGAUGCUAUAUGGAAUGAUUCAUGCUCGUUACAUAUUGACAAGCAAAGGGCUGGCUUCUAUGUUAGACAAGUACAAAAACUAUGACUUUGGAAGAUGCCCAAGAGUUUAUUGUUGUGGCCAACCUUGUUUACCAGUCGGGCAAUCUGAUAUCCCUCGAGCAAGUACCGUAAAGAUAUAUUGCCCCAAAUGUGAAGACGUUUACUACCCACGAUCAAAGUACCAAGGAAACAUAGAUGGAGCUUACUUUGGGACAACGUUUCCACAUCUGUUCUUGAUGACGUACGGACAUCUGAAGCCACAAAAGGCAUCACAAAGCUACACUCCAAGAGUGUUUGGGUUCAAGUUACACAAGCCGAACUUGGUUAGUCGUUCGGGGAUCCCUCGGGGGAGUUUUGUAUCUGAUCAAAUUAGGAGAUUUGGUUCUCUUUCCGGCGUCGAGAGAUGUUCUUCUAAUGGGUGGUUGAUGUCCUAUGAUGACGCUAGAGUCUCAUUCGGGAGAUUACCCAGCUCUGUGAGCUUACUUCAGAGACGGCAUUUUCUGGGUUGUGGAGAUGGGGAAGAAGGAGGUGGUGAGUUAUCAAAGAUCUACGAAGAGAGACGUGUCUUAGGGUACUCUCCGGAGCAAUUGUUUAACGUAGUUGCAGCUGUAGACUUGUACCACGGAUUUGUUCCUUGGUGUCAACGCUCCGAGGUUCUUAAAGAAUACCCAGAUGGCUCAUUUGAUGCUGAAUUGGAGAUUGGUUUCAAGUUUCUUGUUGAGAGUUACAUUUCCCAUGUUGAAUCCGAAAGGCCGAAAUGGAUUAAGACAACAGCGAGGGACACCGGCCUAUUUGACCAUUUGAUAAACCUCUGGCAAUUUAAGCCAGGACCCAUUCCAGGAACCUGUGACCUUCAUUUCCAUGUAGAUUUCAAAUUCAACUCACCUCUCUAUCGCCAGGUGGCUUCGAUGUUCUUAAAGGAGGUAGCAACAAGACUUGUGGGGGCAUUUAGUGAUCGAUGCCGACUAGUGUAUGGUCCAGGAGUCCAAGUAGAUGAAAACGCAUAUGAGCAAAGAGCUUGAGACAUAUCUAUAUAUAUAAUGGAAGUAACAAAUCAGUUUAGUUUUCAUCUUGUUUGCUAGAGAGCGAUUGCGCAUAGCAUGUUUUGUUUUUCAUAUAUAUGAAUGCUUUUGCAUAAGAAAAUGAACACAUUAGA